ACAUGGGAAAAUAAAAAAUUAUUUAAUAUCUGUCUACUCACCUAACCAUUGGUUUUGGAUAAGCAGGCCUGGCGAAGCCAUUUACUUUAACAUUUACAUUUACAUCUACCACUGGUAAUUUGUAGGUUUGUAAGUUCAAGUUCAAGACACAGGGUAACUAAUAGGAAACAAAAAAAAAAAAAAGAAAAAAAAAAACCACUGGUUUUGCAGUAAAUAUGGAAGGUCAGCUACGGUUGGCUAGUGGCUGAUGGUAGGUAUUUGACCAGAAUAGAUGAAUUCAAAAAUGAUUAACUGUUUUCUUCUUCUUCAAACACUGUAGCUACUGACAGGAACAGCAAGUUUGCUUUGUCAAGAGGUCAAAGCCCGGUCUUAUUCUUCACUUACCUCUGUCAAAAGCGCGGUUUGAUUCUUCAAACGGAAUAAACCGGGCUUUUUCUUUUUCUUUCUAUUUUGGAAUCAGAUCGGAGAGACCAAAGUUGCUCGGAAUUUGAUGCUAAGGAAACUGGUGGAAUAGAAAUUUUGUGGAUUCAUUUAUUGCUUCGCUUGCUAUUAAAGCUUUUUUUAUUUUGUGUAUUUGUGAAACGUAUUAGAGCUUUUGAUGGAGUAGAGGAAGAGGAGCUGUGAGAUGGAGAACUAUUUGAAUGAAAACUUCGGAGAAGUAAAGGCUAAGAACUCGUCGGAGGAGGCACUUCAGAGAUGGAGGAAGCUCUGCUGGUUGGUGAAGAAUCGGAAGCGGAGAUUCCGAUUUACUGCUAAUCUGUCUAAGCGAUUCGAGGCUGAGGCUAUCCGACGUUCCAAUCAGGAGAAGUUUAGAGUCGCAGUUUUGGUUUCGCAAGCUGCACUUCAGUUUAUCCAUGGUCUAAAUUUGUCAAGUGAAUACACUGUACCGGAGGAAGUCAAAGCUGCAGGUUUUGAUGUCUGUGCUGAUGAGUUGGGCUCCAUUGUUGAAGGACGUGAUGUGAAGAAGCUGAAAAUUCACAAUGGAGUUGAGGGUAUCGUAAGCAAACUUGCCACGUCCUUAAAUGAUGGGAUCCCUACAAGUGAGCAGCUGCUUAACAAAAGAAGAGAGAUUUAUGGAAUUAAUAAAUUCACUGAAAGCCCAGUUCGAGGUUUCUGGGUUUUUGUCUGGGAAGCACUUCAAGAUAUGACCCUUAUGAUACUUGGCAUUUGUGCUUUUGUUUCUCUGCUUGUUGGCAUAGUGAUGGAAGGAUGGCCAAAGGGUGCCCAUGAUGGACUUGGAAUUGUUGCCAGCAUUUUGCUUGUCGUCUUUGUCACAGCCUCAAGUGAUUAUAGACAGUCUUUGCAGUUCAAGGAUUUGGACAAGGAGAAGAAAAAAAUUACAGUCCAGGUUACCAGAAAUGGGAUCAGACAAAAGAUAUCAAUUUAUGACCUACUUCCUGGUGAUAUUGUUCAUCUCAAUAUUGGAGAUCAGGUCCCUGCCGAUGGACUUUUUCUUUUAGGAUUUUCUGUGUUGAUAAAUGAAUCCAGUUUAACAGGUGAAAGUGAACCAGUUAAUGUGAAUAGUCAGAACCCUUUUCUGCUUUCUGGAACUAAAGUUCAGGAUGGAUCAUGCAAGAUGCUAGUGACUACUGUUGGGAUGAGAACCCAGUGGGGUAAACUGAUGGCAACUCUUAGUGAAGGAGGAGAUGAUGAAACCCCCUUGCAGGUCAAACUUAAUGGUGUGGCUACCAUCAUUGGGAAAAUAGGUUUAUUUUUUGCUGUUGUGACUUUUGCUGUUUUGGUGCAAGGGCUAUUUACUCGCAAGCUACAACAAGGCUCCCAAUGGAACUGGUCUGGAGAUGAUGCAAUGGAAAUUUUGGAAUUCUUUGCUAUUGCUGUAACGAUUGUUGUGGUUGCCGUUCCUGAAGGUCUGCCUUUGGCUGUGACAUUGAGCCUUGCUUUUGCCAUGAAGAAGAUGAUGAAUGACAAGGCACUUGUCCGGAAUUUAGCUGCUUGUGAGACUAUGGGUUCUAGCACAACUAUCUGUAGUGACAAAACUGGAACACUGACUACUAAUCACAUGACUGUUGUUAAAGCUUGCAUUUGUGGCAAGGUCAAAGAAGUGGACGACUCUGAAAAAACUUCUGUUUUCUGCUCUGAAAUUCCUGAUUCUGCUUUGAGAAUUUUACUUCAAUCAAUAUUUAACAAUACUGGAGGAGAAGUGGUGAAAAACAAAGAUGGCAGAGUUGAGUUACUGGGUUCACCAACUGAAACUGCUCUUUUGGAAUUUGGAUUGCUUCUUGGUGGUGAUUUCCAAGCAGAAAGGCAAGCAUCAAAAAUUGUCAAGGUGGAGCCAUUUAAUUCUGUCAAGAAGCGGAUGGGGGUGGUUCUAGAGCUUCAUGAGGGUGCUUUCCGGGUGCACAGUAAAGGUGCUUCUGAGAUAAUUUUAGCUGCAUGUGACAAAAUGUUAGAUUCAAAUGGUAAUGUUGUUCCCCUUGACCAAGCAUCCUUUAGUAUUAUAAAAAAUACAAUAGAACAAUUUGCUAAUGAAGCUCUUCGAACUCUAUGCCUUGCCUACAUGGAAAUUCCAUGUGACUUUUCUGCUGAAAGUCCUAUUCCCAUCAAGGGAUACACAUGUAUAGGAAUUGUUGGUAUCAAAGAUCCAGUUCGUCCUGGUGUCAAGGAAUCUGUUGCCAUUUGUAGGUCUGCUGGUAUAACUGUUAGGAUGGUUACUGGAGAUAACAUAAACACUGCCAAAGCAAUUGCAAGAGAAUGUGGAAUUUUAACAGACGAUGGUAUUGCUAUUGAAGGCCCAGUUUUUCGUGAGAAGAGUGAGGAAGAAUUGCAUGAAAUUAUUCCAAAACUUCAGGUGAUGGCUCGAUCGUCACCCAUGGAUAAGCAUACUCUGGUGAAACACUUACGAACCACCUUCCAAGAUGUUGUUGCAGUGACUGGUGAUGGUACAAAUGAUGCUCCAGCACUUCAUGAAGCUGAUAUUGGACUGGCAAUGGGUAUUGCUGGAACUGAGGUGGCAAAGGAAAGUGCAGACGUGAUAAUUCUGGAUGACAAUUUCUCCACAAUUGUGACUGUGGCUAAAUGGGGACGUUCAGUUUACAUUAACAUUCAGAAGUUUGUCCAGUUUCAGCUAACGGUAAAUGUGGUUGCCCUUGUUGUCAACUUUUCUUCAGCCUGUUUGACAGGAAAUGCUCCCCUCACUGCUGUUCAGCUUCUUUGGGUGAACAUGAUCAUGGACACUCUAGGAGCGCUUGCAUUGGCCACAGAACCUCCCACUGAUGAUUUAAUGAAGAGAUCACCAGUUGGUAGGAAAGGAAAUUUCAUCAGUAAUGUGAUGUGGAGGAAUAUCUUGGGGCAGUCUUUAUAUCAGUUCUUAAUAAUAUGGUAUCUACAGACAAGAGGAAAAGCAGUACUUCAGCUUGAUGGCCCUGAUUCUGAUUUGAUAUUAAACACUCUUAUUUUCAACUCUUUUGUCUUUUGUCAGGUUUUCAAUGAGAUUAGCUCCAGGGAGAUGGAGAAGAUAAAUGUUUUCAAAGGCAUAAUGAAAAAUUAUGUGUUUGUGGCUGUCCUCUCUUGUACCGUCCUCUUCCAAAUCAUAAUCAUCGAAUUCUUGGGUACAUUUGCGAGCACAACUCCUCUCACUUUGGGACAGUGGUUUGUUAGCAUUUUCCUUGGAUUCCUUGGCAUGCCAAUUGCAGCAGCUUUGAAAAUGAUCCCUGUUGGAUCUAGCUGAGAUCAAGGAAAACAGAAUAGUUUCUUGUCACUAAUCUUAUUGUUGCGGCAUAUUUCUGCUAUUCCAACCUUGCUAGAAGUUUGAAAUUUUUACUUCACCUUACAAUCAAGGGUCUAUACAACAUGGCGUAGAGAAGGUUGGCUUUGGGAAGAGGGUCGAAAAAAGCUCUACUUCUGUGAAUAUAUGCUUGUUCGUUUUGUCCUAAUAUGUAUUCGAUCCGUCUUCUUGACUAUUGAGAGAAGAGAAAGAGAGAGGUAGCAAAUUUGCCUUGCACGUGAAUUUUCUCAUUCUAGCUUUGUGAUAAAUAAUGAGCAGCGCGGUGGAUGUGACCCAAAUUGAUCGACCUUUUGCCAAAUUUGUUGAAGGCAUGGCAAUCUUGCUGAAUGUUUUUAUUCACAUGUUGGCAGUGGAGUGAGCCGGAGUGGACGAACCUUCAUGUUGUCUUCUGACCGGGCCAUUAAACUUGAAAACUAUUCUGUUAGAGAGCAAUGCAUGCAUAGGAGGGCUUUUUUAGCUUUUAUUUAUUCAUGAUUAUUUUUUUUUGUCCAUUGUACAUAACUCAAAAAGUACUCAUGAUGGCAAAAGACAACUGAAGUGAUAGUUAUUAGAAAGAAAAAUUAUAUUAUGAUAAAAUAAAAUCGAGUCUCGUUUCAAAAACAGAUAAA